GACAAAACAGAAUCAAAAUAGUCUCCGUCUUCAAAGGUUGUUUACGUAAAUCUUUGUCCCCCUUCAAGCCUCAGAGACUGAGCGCACGAGCGAACCGAGCCAACUGAGCCGAAGCAUCCGACCAAACCUCAUCGGAGAUCCGUACCACCACCGACGACUACAGCAUGUCGCCGGCGACCUCCGCCACCGCCUCCACCGUAUCUGGUGGCCUCCUCCGCCAGUCUCCGUCGACCCUGCGAUCCUUCCGCACCGCCCGCCUCCUCCCCAUGGGGGCUGCGAGGCCGCUCCAAGUCACCUCGACCCCUCGUCGCCUCCUGUCCACCGCCGUGCGCGCCCAGGGCGCCGCCAACCCAGGCUACUUGCCGGAAUCAGAAUUCUACAAGAUCGAGGCCAUCCUUAGGCCGUGGAGGGUGCCGUACGUGUCCUCGGGUUUGCUGGAAAUGGGGGUCAGAGGCGUGACGGUGUCUGACGUGCGUGGCUUUGGAGCGCAGGGAGGGUCAACGGAGCGACAUGAGGGGUCAGAAUUUUCGGAAGACACAUUUAUUGCUAAAGUUAAAAUGGAAAUAGUGGUGUGCAAGGAGCAGAUUGAAGCAGUAAUUGACAAAAUUAUCGAAAAGGCAAGAACUGGAGAAAUUGGCGAUGGGAAGAUAUUCGUGAUCCCUGUCUCGGAUGUGGUAAGAAUCCGCACGGGCGAACGUGGGAAGCAAGCCGAGAGGAUGACCGGUGGACUGUCGGAUGGGCUGUCCUCUGUGGUAUCAAUCUCAUGAGCCACAUUGCCUGCCUGUUGUCAGGUCAACUACAUCCUUCUGUCCAUUGUGAUUGUAGCCUUGCGCAAUAAACUGUAACGUGGUACAUGCAAAUGCCGCACGGAAUCAUGCAUUGUGCAGAUUGUCAAUUACUUUCUGAUGUUGAAAAUUUGAUGGAAUGGAUGUGAAUUCAGUUUCA